AUUUAUUUAUUUAUUUAUUAUUUUUUUUUAUUCAGCUGACUUCGAGACUUUUCUUGCUUCCUCCGAAUUUUCCGGGAAACUGAGUUCUGGGUUUUGUUUUCCUCUUUCUGAUCUCUCAACUGAGAAUCCCCAUUAUUGUUUAUGUAAAUCCCUGAAGUCAUGAAUGGGCAUUUCAAGUUGGUGUGAAGUCAGUGACGGGUUCAGUUGAAUUCUUGUUAAAAAAUGAGUAGAAGAAAGAAAAGAGAUUUUGAUUUGAAUGAAGCUGCACAGUUUUUGAACCAUUUAUUGGUGGACAAGCCUCUUCUACCUUUCAUAAUUCUUUUGAUAUUUGUUGGUUGGGCUGUUGAUAAAUGGGUUUUUUCUUUCUCCAAUUGGGUUCCGCUUGUGAUUGCCCUCUGGGCAACCUUUCAGUAUGGGAGUUAUCAACGUCAUAUCCUUGUAGAGGACUUGAAUAGAAAAUGGAAACAAAUCAUGCUACAGAAAUCACCAGUAACACCAUUGGAGCAGUGUGAGUGGCUGAACAAGUUAUUAAUGGAAAUUUGGCCUAACUACAUCAACCCAAAGCUUUGCAUGAAGUUUUCAUCUAUUGUUGAGAAGCGCUUGAAACAUCGAAAACCAAGGCUUAUUGAAAGAUUAGAAUUGCAAGAAUUUUCACUAGGUUCAUGCGCUCCUAGCUUUGGGCUUCAGGGUAUUCAGUGGUCAACUUCAGGUGAUCAGGGAAUCAUCCGUUUGGGUUUUGAUUGGGACUCUACUGAUGUAAAUAUUCUGAUAUUUGCUAAGUUGGCAAGGCCUUUAAGGGGAACUGCCCGAAUAGUCAUAAACAGCAUCCACAUCAAGGGUGAACUUCUCUUGAUGCCAGUUUUGGAUGGAAAAGCAAUUUUGUACUCAUUUUUCUCCACUCCUGAGGUGAGAAUAGGUGUUGCAUUUGGCAGCGGUGAAAGUCAAUCUCUACCUGCAACAGAACUGCCAGGUGUUUCCUCGUGGCUGGUUAAACUUUUCACUGACACAUUAGCUAAGACGAUGGUUGAUCCUCGCCGUCGGUGUCUCUCCCUGCCAUCCAUAGACUUCAGGAAAAAGGCUGUUGGUGGCAUAAUCCAUGUGACUGUCAUUUCAGCAAGCAAACUUUCCAGGAAUAACUUCAAGGGAAGCCUUUCUCGAAAGCAACAUAGUUUUACAAUGGAUGGUAGCUUAGAAGAGUGCCAUGAAAAUAAAGAUCUUCGGACAUUUGUGGAGGUUGAACUUGGAGAACUAACCAGGAAAACAAAUGUUAGACCUGGAUCAAGCCCUAAAUGGGACUCAACAUUCAAUAUGGUUUUACAUGAAGAUACAGGAAUUCUCAAAUUCCAACUUUAUGAGUGUACUCCUGGGAGUAUGAAGUAUGACUAUCUAGCAAGCUGCGAAAUUAAGGUGAAAUAUGUCGCAGAUGAUUCCACAAUGUUUUGGGCAAUAGGACCUGAAUCUAGUGUGAUAACAAAGCACGCUGAAUUUUGUGGAAAAGAAGUUGAGAUGGUUGUUCCCUUUGAGGGUGCUAAUUCCGGAAAUUUGACUGUGAAACUAGUCUUGAAAGAAUGGCAGUUUUCAGAUGGUUCACAUAGCUUGAACAGUAUCAAUCUCAGCUCUCAGCAAUCACUAUAUGGGUCAUCAAAUUUUCUGUCAAGAACUGGAAGGAAAAUAUGUAUAACUGUUGUUGAAGGGAAGAACCUUAUGGUCAAAGACAAAUUUGGGAAAUCUGACCCAUAUGUUAAACUGCAGUAUGGGAAGGUCCUCCAGAGAACAAGGGCCGUCCAACAUACUUUGAAUCCAUUCUGGAAUCAGAAGUUUGAAUUUGAUGAGAUAGGAGGUGGUGAAUAUCUUAAGAUAAAAUGCUACAACGAAGAAACCUUUGGAGAUGAAAAUAUUGGUAGCGCACGAGUAAAUUUAGAAGGACUCGUAGAGGGGUCAAUGAGGGAUGUGUGGGUUCCUCUUGAAAAGGUAAAUUCCGGGGAACUGCGACUUCAAAUAGAAGCAGUGAGAUUUGAAGAUUAUGAAGGAUCCCGGGGUUCUAGCAUUGGGUCAAGCAGUGGGUUGAUUGAACUUGUUCUCAUUGAAGCAAAAGACCUGGUUGCUGCCGAUCUCAGAGGAACAAGUGAUCCAUAUGUGAGGGUAAAUUAUGGAAAUACGAAGAGAAAAACAAAGAUUAUGUAUAAAACUCUGAAUCCUCAGUGGCAUCAAACCUUCGAAUUCCCCGAUGAUGGUAGUCCCUUGGUGUUGCAUGUGAAAGACCACAAUGCUUUGUUGCCAACAUCAAGCAUCGGUGAUUGCGUCGUAGAAUAUCAGAGAUUGCCUCCAAACCAGACAUCCGACAAGUGGAUACCCCUUCAAGGAGUAAAAAGGGGAGAGAUCCAUAUUCAAAUUACAAGAAAAGUUCCAGAAUUUGAGAAGAGACCAAGUUUGGACUCUGAAUCACCCUCAACUAAAGCACACCGAAUCUCUAGCCAGAUGAAACAAAUGAUGAUCAAGUUUCAAUCCAUAAUCGAGGAUGCGAAUGUUGACGGACUCUCUGCAUCCUUGAGUGAGCUAGAAAGCCUCCAUGAUAUGCAAGAAGAGUACAUGGUCCAGUUGGAGACUGAGCAGACGCUUUUACUGAACAAGAUAAACGAGCUUGGCCAGGAAAUCAUAAACUCGUCGCCCACCCAGAGCAGAAGAUCUACCAGCAACUGAACCGGUGAAAAUGAAUUUCCGCCACAAUGCCCUUUCUUUACUUGCACAAAAGGCGGUGUUAAUAGAAAGCGAAUACAAAUUGAGAGGCACUGUUGUGGUUUGUCUUGCUGUGCAAAUUUAAUAAUGUAUGCAGAUAAAAGGUUGUACCAAUAUGUACAAUAGGAUAUGGGAGAGGUGAGAGGCAUAUUUCUCCUAUUUGUUUAUCAUUAUUAAUAAUUUUUUGUGUGUACAAGUGGAGGCCGAUUCUCGUGAUUCAAAACUGUGCCACAAGGAUUGGGUUUUAGAAAUGAAAUAUAUAUAUAUAUAUAUAUAUUUGUGCAA